UCCGCUCCAGCCAAGGAUGCUCCACGCUGGCACGAUGAGGCUGGGGACCUUCGGGAUCUUGCUAGCGCUUGUCCACGCAUCAGCAGCCUGUGAAUUUGGGCCGUUCCCUUACAGCGUCACGGGGAUCGUCUGCAGGAUGACGAAGCCUGCGGCAUUGCUGCUGAACCAGGAAACGGCGCAGGUCAUUCAAGCGGCGUUCAGAAAUGCCAAAUUCCCAAACAUCACCGGCGAAAGGUCCAUGCGGUUCCUCGGCAAGGUGGCCUACGGGCUGACGAACAUCCAAGUCAACAACUUGUCCAUUGAGCAGAGCGAGGUGGAGCUCAAGGAAAACGAUGCUAUUGACAUUGCUAUUAAAAACGUGACAGCCGUCUUCAAAGGGACCCUGAACUAUGGCUAUGACGGGGCCUGGCUCUUGCACCUUUCUCAUUCAAUCGAUUUUGAAAUUGAGUCUUCAAUUGAUCUCCAGAUAAACAUUAAACUGAAGUGCCAGGAGGACCAGGUGGCUGCCGAUGCCUCGGACUGCUACCUGGCUUUCCACAAACUGACGCUUCACCUCCAGGGAGACAAGGAGCCGGGCUGGCUGAAGCAGCUCUUCACAGAUUUCAUCGCCUUUACUUUGAAGCUUGUUCUCAAGAGUGAGGUUUGUGAGGAAAUCAGUUCUCUUGCCCAGGUGCUGGCAGAUUUUAUACAAGGCCUAGCAGCAAAUUUUGUCCAGGAUGAGGAUAUCAGACUUGAUAUCUCCCUUGCAUCAGCUCCUUUAAUAAAAGCAAAUUAUCUGGAAUCGCAUCACAAGGGCCUUGUCCAGUACAAGAACUACUCCGAUGUCUUCAGUGACUCUCUUUUCUCCCCAUCUCUGCUGUCUGAAUCCCGAAUGCUCUACUUCUGGGUGUCCGAACAUAUCCUCAACUCUCUGGCUUCAGCGGCUUUCUUAGAUGAACGCCUGACGUUGACCAUAGUAGGGGAGAAGUUGCAGGAGCUGUUUGAAAUUGAAGACACAGAGGCUCAGCGGAGGGCAGUGCAAAUGAUUUUUCAAGGCACCUCCUACAAUGAUUCUGUGGCCAAGGUGUGGAGUCUUGCCCAUCCCCAGAUCUCUCUCCAACCUGAAGGGACAGUGGUGAAGUCUUUGGUAGCUGCGGAGAUCAGCAUCUUUCCCCCAGGAAGAAAGCCCCUGAUGGCUCUGUAUAUGGAGAAGGAAAUCACAGUCACUAUCCAAGCUGCCUAUGCGGAAAAGAAACUAAUUUUGCACCCCUUGGACUCCAGGAUAGAGUUUAAAGCCUUUAAAUGCACGUCUGAUCCAAGCGGGAAUGACCAAUCCCCAAGAAACUUCCUGCAGAAAAUGAUCUCAGUCACCGGGAUCCCAGAAGUGGUUUCAAGGAUCGAACCAACUUUAACUUCGCUGAUGAACAGCAAAGGGCUUCAUCUGUUUGAAAUCAGAAGCCCUGAGAUAAUCACAAAAAAGGGAUACUUAAUUGUACAACUUGACUUUAGCUUCCCGGAUCAUUUGCUUCUUGAUUUUCUUCAGAAAACAUUAUAGACCUGAUCUCUUCAUAGAGGAGUGUGGGAACUCCUGCACAAACAGAAAGAUGGUGUGUGAACCAGCUGAAAGCCAAGCUGAUUUAGAUCAGCUUCCAGCAGUUCACAGGCGUUAAAAGUGAUGCUGAAUUUUCUUUCCUUUUCCUGAGAACUACUCCAGUUUCCGUGCAACUGUAUCGCCACUGAGCCUUUCCUCUGCAAAGAUGCCACAGUCUGCAUCUCUACAGAGUCUCUGUUUCAGGAUCUGGGCAGGACUUGUGUGCUUAGGAGCGAGGACUGAACUCCUGGAGUCUGUGGGCUCUGGGUCAGCACUCACGGGCACCAACAAGAGGCGGCUUUGACCCGCGUCUGGCAUCUCGGUUGCUACAGUUCGGAAAUGUAGCACCUUUUUGUUCUGAACCUGCAUCUCGUUUCCAGCAAGAGCCUCACUGAGAUGUAGCAAGAGGCUCCUGAUAUUGACAGACUUAAGCAACUCGAAUGACAUUGCCACACUCCAAGUAAGCUCAGAAGCAGCGAUGUUGCAAGACCCACGUAUAGCAGAAGAAAGCGAAUGGGACGUAAAUUAGCAAUGCGGUAUAAGAAGGGAGAGAUCUCAUGUCCUCGGUACUUUCUUUACAGAGCCUGAAACACUGCGUAGAGCUCUAGGCGUAUUUUUACAUUCACGUUGUUGAGACGCUGGGGGCAAACUGAAGCAAUUAAAAUGAUAAGGAAGAGUUUAUAAGAGAAACUACAACUAUCUACCCAGACAGCAGGUUCUCGUUCCUUCCUGCUACACUGCAUUAAUUUAUCUGAAGCAGCGCAGUUGUUUUCCUGUACCAAUUUUUGCUCCCCCUCCUUUUUUUAAAAAAAUUAAACUUUUCAUUUGGAAGAAAACUAAACUAACAAAUCUGCAUUUAAGAAUUUUAUGGCU